AUGGCUGCCAACUACUGGGCGUCGACCCAACGUCGACACUGGCUAUUCACCCGAGAGAAGUUGGCAGAAGUGCGCGACAAACAACGAGAAAAAGACAUGGUUGCGCAUACGCAGUUCCCUUUGCCGGAUCAAAGGAUGCUUAACAUUUAUUUCAGUCAACAACUUACGAAGCUUGGGAAGAAGACGUCAACCAGGCAGCAAGCCCUAGCCACGGCCCAAAUCUACAUCAAACGAUUCUACACGAAGAAUGAAAUACGACAUACGAACCCUUAUCUUGUGCUCGCUACUGCGUUUUACCUCGCCUGUAAAAUGGAGGAGUGCCCCCAACACAUUCGACUCGUAGUGGGCGAGGCUCGAAGUCUCUGGCCAGAUUUCAUCGCCCCAGAUGUCUCCAAAGUAGGAGAAUGCGAAUUCUUCUUGAUAUCCGAAAUGAGCUCACAGAUGAUCGUGCAUCAUCCAUACCGAACCCUUACCGAGCUCCAACGAGAACUAGCUCUCACCUCAGACGAAGUCGCCCUCGCAUGGUCAGUAAUCAAUGACCACUAUCUCACUGACCUCCCAUUACUCCACGCGCCCCAUGUCAUCGCAGUCAUGGCUAUCAUCGUUGCCGUCGUGUUCAAACCCAGUCAAGCCGGUUUUCACGGCUCUGCAGCACCAGCUUUAGCCGGAGCUAUGAGGGAUGGUGGUGUUAAUAUGCUCACGGCACUGAAUGAUAAAAAUGGCGGUGGUCCUCCGCCCCGAGUUCAGAAGCUUAUCGGUUGGCUUGCUGAGAGCGAAGUUGAUAUUCAUGCUGUUGUUGAGUGUACGCAGGAGCUAGUAUCUCUUUAUGAGGUUUGGGAGCAAUAUAGCGAGAAGAACUGCAAGGAACUUCUUUCAAGGAUGGUCAGGACGCAGCGCCUGGAUAAGUGA